CCAGUAUUAAGCUCAAAUACAAAACAGGGACAGGGACAAAUCACCAGCCAGGACACGGUUUAAGAGCGACAAGAGGAUAUUGAUUCAUGGCAAACUUUGGAUUUGUAAAUAAAAGGGAAACAGGAGCUGCUCUUCUGGCGCUCGGAGGUCAUUAGGCCUGCUCACAUGUCUGGACACAGGUGGCACUGAAGCAUGGGAAAUUAUCUUGGGUGAUAUCUUUUUAUUUUUCACAGCAACAGGAGAGGAUUGAGAGCCUUUUUUUGGAAAUGUCUCAGUUAGACAUGUCAGUCCUGUAGCAUUAUGGAGCACAAGAAUACAGAGAGCUCAGUGUAUUGUGUGGAGUAUGGAAAUGGAAAUGUGGCAAGUCCUGUCUCGCAGGAAGGCUCUGAUAAUAUCCUGAUGCCAACAUUCACAUAUAAGAUGGUCUCACAGCGGACUAUUGCCCUGAUCGUCAUCUUCAUCCUCCUGAUCCUGGCUGGAGGUUCAGCCUUGGCCUGGUACUUUCUAGAGUACAGAGUGUGGGCAUUAGAGAUGAGAGUGGAACAGCAGUAUAUAGGCCAGAUCUCUAUCCUGAACAGGAACUUCUCCAGCGCUCUCUCUUCACACACCAGUCGAGUGUUCCGGGAAGAGGCGCGCACCGUGGAGGCCAUGUUAGAGAAGCUUGUGAAGUCCUCUGACAUAUCUCGCUAUUUCAAAUCCACCACCGUGUUUGGUUUUAGCGAAGGCAGUGUAGUGGCGCACUUCUGGCUCAUCCUGUCCCUCCCUGAGAGUCAUGCUGGGAAGGUCACCAUGCAGAAGGUCAAUGAGAGCUUACUGGGAACCCUGCAGAGCUUCAGAGAGACAGGUGUUAAGGAUACAGUGAGCUUGGAGGGAUACCUGCUUCUUCUGUCUUCAUUCUCCAUAUCAGAAACCCAGCCCAAAGUUAUAGAUUUUUUGCAAGCCUCAUUUGAUUGUUACCGGUACCAGUCAGUGUCCUGCAGUGCUCCUGUUGUUCUAAAGGGGCCGAACACUCAGCGCUCGUCGUGUCUAUGGCACCUGAAAGCCCCUGAGGGCUCCCAGUUGGAGCUGAGGGUGGAAUGGCUGCUACCUGAGUGCCGAGACCGCCUGGCCAUCUAUGACUCUCUUGCUCCUGCUGACUCCACACUCAUCACCUCUCUGUAUGGCUGUAGUAGGCAUGAGCAGGUGGUGCAGGUUUUAUCCUCUGCUGAUUGGAUGACGGUGGUGUGGAAACAGGGCCAAUACAACUAUAAAGACCCGUUCUCUCUCUCCGCUCAGGCCUGGCCCAAGAAGAAUUGCUCCUACAACAUCAACUUGGACAGAAAGGAAGGUGUUCAAGGGAGCUUACGGACCCCGUUCUACCCCAGCUACUAUCCACCUAAUACCAAUUGCACCUGGCAGUUCACUUUGCCGUCUUCAGAGUAUGGACUGACCCUGGAGUUUGAGGGCUAUGAGCUAGGCCGAGCCAGUUAUAACCAGAACUGCACACAAGGCCAGUGGCUCAUUCAGAACCGCAGAAUGUGUGGUACGAGGGCUCUGCAGCCGUACGCUGAGCGGCUCUACCUCCAUUCCUCCACCACCACCGUUUCCAUGACGUCAGAGGUGUCACUCACAGGGCCCGGCCUCCAAGUCCACUACAGUAUCUUCAACCAAUCAGAUCCCUGUCCUGGUCAGUUCCUGUGCAGUGUCAAUGGCCUGUGUGUGUCAGCGUGUGAUGGGAUCUCAGACUGUCCUAAUGGUCUGGAUGAGAGAAACUGUGUGUGUAUUGCUCAGUACCGCUGUCUCGGGGACAGUCAGUGUGUAGAUAACUACAAGCUGUGUGACCAGCAUCAGGACUGCACUGACGGGAGCGAUGAAGAGAACUGCACGUUGGGAGUUCCUUGUACUGAUAGGACCUACAUGUGUGCUGAUGGCACUUGUUUGAAAAAGCAGAACCCUGCUUGUGAUUUUAUCACAGACUGUCCUGAUGCUUCUGAUGAGAAAAAUUGCGAUUGCGGUCUGCGCCAGUUCAGUACACGAGUGGUGGGUGGAGUCGAUGCAAUGGAGGGGGAGUGGCCAUGGCAGGCCAGCCUGCAGAUCAGUGGACAGCAUAUCUGUGGUGGAGCCUUAAUCUCCACCCAGUGGGUGGUGUCUGCAGCACACUGCUUCAACGAUGAUCGUCUGUUCUCGCCUUCCAUAUGGACAGUGUAUCUGGGUAAGCUGCGCCUGCGUACCUCCACUCAGACUGAGGAAGCUCUGCGUGUGACCCACAUCCACCUGCACCAGUACUACGAUGACGAGAUCCAAGACUAUGACUUGGCACUGCUCAGGCUUGAGAGACCCGUCUCGACAGGCACACUGGCACUGCCCGCCUGCCUGCCCGAGCCCACACACCAGCUGGAGCCCGGUCUGCUCUGCUGGGUCACGGGCUGGGGGGCACUCAGAGAAGGAGGUGGAGUAAGCAACAUCCUGCAGAAGGUUGAUGUGCGGUUGGUCAGCGAGGAGGCUUGCAUCCGUUCCUACGGAUACAUUAUCACUCCCAGAAUGCUGUGCGCUGGUUAUCGGGGUGGGGGAAAAGACGCAUGUCAGGGGGACUCUGGAGGCCCGCUGGUUUGUCAGGAGCGGUCCGGUCGCUGGUUUUUGGCCGGUGUAGUGAGUUGGGGCCGUGGCUGUGGCCGAGCUGAUUAUUACGGCGUUUACACGCGCAUUACCAAACUCUCUCCCUGGAUCAAACAACUCAUCGCAUCCUGACAAGCUGGACACACUGAUCCUAUUCUCAGCCAGGAGCUGCUAUCAGCUAUUCCUCAUCCCUCUGCUGCAUGGACUAGAGGGGGUAUGUGGGUUUAAGUUCAGAGGAGGAACUGGUAUGAACUCUAGAAGAGUCGAUGGACUGCUAUGGAAGAUGUGUAGAUUACUGCACUGCAAAAAGUGAAAAUAUCUUGAAUAUAGUCAAAUUUAUCCAGUAUUACCUAUUACAAGAUUGCAAUAAACCAAAUAUAAGAUUAUUAAACCUGUUUCUAGGCUUUUUUUUUUUUUUUUUUUUUUUUUUUGCUAAUUUCAAGCCUGAAAUAGUCUUGUUCUUUUGGUAGAUAUGGUAAUUUUUCUAAUUUAAGCAUUUAUUUCUAGAAAGAAGCAAAAACACCUGGUAAUAGAAUAAGAAAAUUUAAAGCAUUUAUUAGAUAUUAUAAAAUAAUAAUAAUAAUAGUAAUAAUAGAUAAAUUAGAUAACUAUUAGAUACAUACACAUAUAUUCAAGAUAUUUUCACUUACUAUAAUAUUUUUUGCAGUGUAGAUCUGAUCUAAAGUGUGUGUCGUAGACUUUAAGAUCAAGAAAAGAAAGAAACACUCUAAAAUGGGAGAUAUAGAGGAGUAUUUUGAGCCUUGGACAACUCACCAUCAAGGUGAUGGAAAUAUUAAAGACUGGCAAUUCUGCUAAAGAGAAACUUUCACUAUGGUUUCGGUUUUGUCCACCAUUUAACAAAACCACAUACAUAUUUUGAAAGAAAAUGUCUAAUUGUUGCACAAAACCUUCAUUUUUUAAGUGACUGUCCAUCAUGUUUGCUGAAAAGUAUAUAUUUUGGAUAUAUUUUGGCAUGAGCAUUUGGCAUGAGUGUCUUUCAUUAUAGGUUAAAAAUUUGUAGACCUGCAUCUCUAAAUAUCUCUCUAAAUAUAAAUAUAUAUUUAUAUAUGAAUUUUAAAACAAUUUAAAACUGCAGAAAGUCUAACAAAUGUGAACAAGACAUCAGAAAAUAGCAUUUUUCCAGAAUAGUCUAUUGAAAAUAUAUUUAAUUAAAUAUAAAAUAGUCUAUUAGAUAUAUUUUAAAUGCUGAUGUUUUUUAUAUGAGCAAAUAACUUCAAGCGCACAAGCACACUUGUACAAAUAAAAGCAGUCAAGCAGAUGUUUGUAGAAAUAUCACAUGUAUAAGUGUUAAACCCCAUCUUUUCCAUUUUGAAUUGAAAUUUCCUCUACUAUGAUGCCCUUGAAGUGACCUUCACUGUUUAAUAUGGAUGUAUUACCCUAGCUUAUAAAUUUAUAAACUGCCUGCAUGAUGGAAAUCCAGUCUAACCCUAAAAAAUGAUUAAAUCAUUUCUGAGGAAUUAAUUAAAAUGUGAAAACAUUCACUGCAGAGGUUUUUAAGAAACAGGUGGAACUAAAAAUCCUUUUGGGAAAACCUAAGUUAAUAUUUGUCCUCUGCCUGGCACUUGAAUCAAUAUUUAUUAGCAUAUAAAAUGUCAAAAAGAUUAACUCCGUUUGACUUUUUUAUGUACAAAUGUGAUUGUGUGCUUGAAAAAAAGUCAGGAAGUGUAAUGUUCAAUAUCAAGAUACCACAAUGACAUUUCGGUGUUGUUUUUGUAGACCUGAUUUCACCUUUAUUUACUUUUCAUAUCUUAUCCUGUAAUUCAGUUCUGCAUCGCCUCUCACUGUAGGUUUGAGAGGCAUUUUUAUCGCAUUUAUGACUCUCACUGAACAGUUUGAACAUCUGGAGUCUGGUCUGAGUAAAACUGAGCAUUUUUCUGUUCCCAUAUUCAUCAACCACUAAAGUCUGUAAACUUACUGACGUCAUCUUGUCUUCUUGUUGCAUUUUCAUGUCCGUGUAUUUACUUAAUUACUUGCUGUGAUACGUCUGGAAUAAUGCAGAUCUCACCUUUUAUUUAUUAUCCGCUCAGACUCUGUAGGAUAUUCCAACAUUUUUUUAUAUUUGCAUUCUUUUCCUAAUAAAGUCAUACAUUGUUUUUCAGUGUUA